AUGCAGCAGGAGAACUGCUCCAGUGGUUCACAACUCAAUGAUGCCCUUCCAGUCUACAAAGCCAGCAGUGCUGUGUUGGCAAUAUGCUUUGUGCUGGGGGUCCCAGGUAAUCUAUCAGUGCUGGUGAUUCUUGUUCGACGCUUGAAGGAGAACAGCUUUACCCUUAGAAUGAUGCUGAGCCUUGCACUAUCGGACCUACUGACUCUCUCUCCCAUGCCGAUGUGGAUCUGGAGUCUUCUGCAUAACUGGAUCUUUGGCUUUGUCGCAUGCAAGAUUAUCUCCUUUGUUGAAUAUUGGUGCACUUACAGUAGCAUAUUGUGUGUGACUUUCCUGAGCUUGCAGAGGUACUUGCAGGUUCUGCAUCCUCAGAAAUGGGCUCAACUUGGAUUCCGAGGAAAGAAUGGCCUUUUGUGUGGAAUAUGGAUCCUGAGUGGAGUGUUCGCUUCAUAUGCUCUUGUUCAGCGUGAUGUGGGAUGUGAUCAGUAUGGAUUCCAGUACUGUUACCAGAACUUUAGGAAUAAGACCGAACAAGUAGCCACAUCAAUAUUUGAAAUACUGCUAUUUUUAACCUGUUUCUUCUUGCUGGUUUACUUCUACUAUCGUCUCUACCGAGGGGUUAAUGAGUCACCUUUCUCCAGCAGCAACAGAAUGACAAAACUGGUGACGAGAAUCGUUGUGGCAUUCUUUAUCUUUGGCGUGCCAGUUACUAUCGCUAACAUCUUAAUUGUUGUUGCAGCAUUGCUAGAGAAUGAAACGCUGUCAGUAACGGCGGAUCUCGGUAGCAAAAUCUCCACAGCUUUACUGUUUCUGAACAGCUGUGUGAACCCUUUCCUGUACACCUUCUCUCUUAGACAGCUCCAGCAUCAGAGUACAGUGACAGAGACCUUAGGACCUACACUGCAAAACGGUGCAUGA